UUUUUUUGACGUCAGAUUUCACUUUAUUGUUUCUCUCAGCCAAUAAAAGGAUGUGGUAUGGGCCUAAACAGCUAGGCGAUACAGAUACUGUGUUACAUAAUUUGCGGAACGAAGAUACUAAUAUAUCGGAGUGCUUUAUACCUUUCGUUUUUGGAUCGACAAGAAUUUCUCGCGCGUGUGGAUUAUAUGCUCUCUCUUAGACAGAAGUUUUUAUGUUCGUUUCGAUAUACUUCUUGUUACAGUUACACAUAGAGAAAGUCUAGUUUUUAAUUGUACGAUGCCUAUGAGGAAAAUCUAACACUCAUAAAUAUUGUUGCCGUAAUACGUCAAGUAUAUAUAUGUGUGUGUAGAUACAUCGUGUGAUGUCGGUAUAUAUGUAUAAUAAUAAAUGUUAAUUAAUAGUAAUGGAUCUAAAUGUAAGUUUCAUAUGCUGUAACGUAAGCAGCGGGGAAAAAAUGUAGCGCUUCCGGUGAAAGCCAUUACCGUGGAAGAUAACACUGACAAAUUGAUUACAAACUCGGUUACUAAGUCACAAAAAGUAAUACAAGUGUGAAUCGUUACAAAUUACUAAUUAAUAAUAUUUAUAUUAUAUAAUAGUAAUGUGUAUACCACGCAAAUGACCUCUUAGCACCUAGAAGUAUUUCCUUUCUUUCUCUUCCUCUCUUUCUCUCUCUCUCUCUCUCUCGUUCGCUCGCUCGUUCUCUCUAACACACUAAUAAUCAAAGUCGUUUUAUCCAGUAUCAAAGAGACACGUUAAAACACUAUUAUAGCCUAGUUAAUAAUCUUGGCAAAAAAGGCAGAGUUUGUUUUUUCUUCAGGCAUGAAUCUCUCUGCUUUAUGUGAUGUAACGAAGAUUUGUCAGUUUCCCGUUCAGCUUUGACAUUUCUGAUCGACUUACAAAUGCCUAACACAUAAUAUUCCAGAAAAACACGAAAAUACGUUGAGAAUUAUCGAAAGUUCGAAGAGAUAUUACAUCGAUUAUCGUAAAUAUUUGGUCGAUUACGCGUUACCUAAUCGUUUAUUAAAGAUCGUUAAGCUUACUAUUUAAUAUUAUCGCUAUAAUGCCGCAUAGUAUUAAGUUUAUUUACUUAUAUAUCGAGGCGUUUUUAAUCAACUUAAAGAUUAAAAUUCAUCAAACAUAUAAACCCUGAAUUAUAUUAUUAUAAGUCUAAAUAUUUUUCCUCUUUUUUUUACCCGCUAACAAGCGCUCUCUCGCGUGCAUCUGUUUGUUUAUUUUACGCAAACAUUCUCUAUUUUGUUUGUCUCGUUGAACAAAGAGGCGUAGUUAUUGUUGUACGUAUGUGUGCACCAUUGUUCUUUUCUUAGUUGUGCCGUUAGUUCGCAAAUCAACUGUUGUCAACGAAUUAUUGUUGCUACAUGUAAAUAGUAUGAUGUUAGAAUGUAUAAUCAAUUCUGCAUUGUAACGGAUUAAUCAAGAGAUUACAAGCCUUCCAAGUAUGCGUUACUGGCACUUGUUUGCUAAGUAAGGAAGAAAUUCGCCAAAUAACACGUACCCUAGCAAGUAACAAUACACACUAUCAAUUAUAAUAAAGAGUAUAAUCAAUAAAUAGACCGUCCUCGAUAUUUAAAAACACAAAUCAUUUUUUCUUUUUUUUUUUUUGGUGACAAGAAUCGAGUUUUUAACCUCGAAGCUCAUCGGGUUUUUUUACAUUCUUCUUUUUUUGGAGCCUAUUUCGAGUAACAAUUUUAAUAGCAUAAAGUUGUUCUCAUUUAAAACUCGCAUAUAACAGUGGUCAUAGAAAUCAUCAUCGACGUUAAGGGGGAAUUACAGUGAGGUAUACACACACACACCAGGAGAUUAGUCUCAUGAGUGUCGGAAUUGUCUUGACCUGCGGUGCAAGCUGAUUUCGAGCGAUUGUUCGUACUCGAACGAUUCCCUCGAAAUAUAUUGAAAAAUACACUUGGGUGUUUCCCUAACGCAGAGUUCGACCUCGUAUACUCCGUAUACUUACACGAAACUGAAAAAUAACAAUCUCCCCCGUACUCCCCCAUUACCCGUGAAAUGCAUGCGGUCGAGUGAAGUAUUCUCUCUAAUCGACACGUGCACACGUUCGAUCCGAUUGUUAAAGGCAUGGAACUCCUCACCAACAGGUAUAUACGAUUGGAAUCGCACUCCUAACGACAAGUUUGGAGAACAAGCGAACAGCAAUUUGCAGCAGUAAUCAUGAGAUAUAUAACAUCAAAGGCUGACAUUGAAUAAUCAUCAGGGCGCGACAACAUUGUGCCCUUUCCGUUCAAAUCUAUUCUCACCCCGGAGGGACAUCCAAACUUGGAAAUCUACGCGAUAAAAGAAAGUUUGGAUCGUUAGAGUGGUUUCCUUUAAGGUCUCCUUGAAAUUACGGAGACAAACAGAAGAGUUCCACAUAUGCAGCGUGCCAAAGUUAUUCAAAACAGUGAAUCAGAGGUUAGAUUAUACGCUCUUGGAGAUCCUGCCCCUCCUCGGCAUUUAAAUAUGUUCAUCGGGUGGUAUUUCUGGACGAGAGUCAGUAAACGUCACGUGAACAUCGUGGGAGUAUCCGAAAAUUCGGUCUCGUCUUUCUCCUUCUCUCUUGUCCGCAGGCGUCUGAAACGCACCCCGAGAACGCGCCUAUUUAAGCACCUCGCGCUUCCGCGACUGAAUCAGACAGUCAAUACUCGUAUCUGUGAACCGCGUUGUAUUUCUUCGCUCUAAGUUCUCCUUCUACGUGCGAAAAAAAGGAAAAGGUAUUCAAAGGUGUGUGUUCAUUUGUCAUUUGUUUGUAACCACGUCUCUUACAUUUCUCACGUUCCAAAGAAAGAGAAGUCGUUUGGGUAGUACUUGAUUGUUUUGGAAGCUUAUACUGUUUGCUUCUACUGGUCGUCUGUUCCUUUUUUUUUUUUGUAUUUUUAAAAUUUUUUUUUUUGGUUUUCUUUUUCUUCUUUCAUCAUUAUGAGUGUAAAUCGGUCAGUGUUCUUACUUUCGUUGGACGAAAAGAAAAAAACGCGCAACGACGUUUCACCGUAUGAAAUAGUAACCUAAAAUAGUAAGGAUCCUAAGCUAUUUAAGGACUAAGUACACGUCUAGUAUACGUCCCCUUAACCCUUAAGAAUUGUCGGUAUCAUAUCUAAUCCUAUUAGCGUUAGAAAUCCUAGGAACGCUGGUAUUAUGUCAAUGUUCUUUUUUUGUUCCCUUCCACCUUGAAGGUCAUCGAUCAUCGUCAACGAUAUUAUCCGUUUACGCGCGUUUAAAGAUGGUUAUCAACGCACGGCCUAAUCAUGGGAAAGACUAACACGCUUCUUAACGAAGAAUCGCCUUCUACUAUACGCGCAUAGAAAUGCAUAUAUACGGUACACGUUUCGUGCUCCUCCCUUACUAAACACUAGAGUAGUUUCGUCCAUGAAGAUAUCGAGGAUAAUAGUUUCACUUCGAAACGUAGUAGUUUAGUAGUAGUAGUAGCAUUUGGAAACUUAGCGGUCUAACUUACAUUUUAAGAUACAAUCGUCAAAAAGCAUGAUUUAAUUGUUAAGUACAUUCCUUAUUAAGUUCUGGUUUACGACAUCAUACGACACGCCUUUUUAAUAAAGACGACGCUUUUCCCUUCUUUUCCUUCCUUAUACAUUGUUAACUGUCUCUCCUCCUACAAUAUUCCCUAACAUGUUAUAUAUUUUACCUUUCUUCGCUGUAUGUUAUUAUCUCCUUUUAGUGUUCGAGAUUAGUAUUCUGAUCGUAGGAAUUAGUAAACGUUCUUAAUUGCCGGAAUACAUAGACGGCCGAGGAACAUAAUUAUUGUACGUUCUUCAAUACGAUUUUUCAAUGAAAAUGUUAUUCGGUCUUUAUGCAUCUCUGGUUUGUAUUUACUACAGCCGAGAUUUUAACGUGGGUACAACUGGCCAGAAUAUUUAUACAAUUUCUGCCACUUAUGCUUCGACUACUCCUAAAAACGAGUAGAGUGGUAUCCUCUUGUUCCGUUUCUUUUUUUUUUUUUUCUUUUUUUUUUUUUUUUUUUUGUUGUUGUAUCUAUCUUCUAUAUACCUAGGCUCUUACACGUAACCUAAAGCUAUAGCAUAAGUUACAUUAUGCGUAAUUCGAUGGAAAUGCAAUGUCUUAGUAGACUUUUCUUCUUUAUCGUCCCUAACACGCUGACGUUAUAAACGAUAUAAGUUCUAGAUACUCCUUAAUAAACGAGAUCUCUGCUUCACCGAAGAAACACAUCCGCGUCUUUGAUGUCACAAAACAAAAAUUCGUCACACAAUUCUUUGCCAAUUCUAAAUAGAAAUUAUUUUGAUACUUUCAUUUCGUGGAUGGUUCACGUAAAUUCUGUUACGCUCUAUUCAUAAAUGUUUGCCAAUUUGAUGUCGCGAAUAUUAAUUUCUUAAUGUUAUAUGCGCGGUGCGAUUCUUCACAGAGUAAUCUCCCUUUUUCUAUUUUUAUAGAUGUUCGAUUCUCAAAUUUCCGAUUAGAAAUGUCAAAUUAUCUUGACUGUUGAUUGAAUGUAAGUCCCCGUUUAGAGUAUGCUAAACAUAUGUUUCGGUUAAAUUCGUUUUGAAUUAGAUUUGAGUUAGCUAACGGGUGUAUUGGACUGUGUCAUGUGCGCAUUCAGCGAGAGACAUUAGUGUUCGGCUUACGCUGGCAGCUAUUCGUUUUUCGAUGGAAAAGUUACGAAUUACCGAUUAUCCGCGCGAGAAAGAUUCGCAACGAAUCGCUACGGCUCCUACACUUAUUAGCCUCCUAAAAAUCACCUGCUGUGCGUUCGAGUAAGACCCUAAUUAAUAUAUUCGUCGACGAAAAUGCGCUCGAGGAAACGCGUAAACAAUAAUGGAACAACAUUGUUGUAAUUUGCUGUGUUAAAAAUCGAGACAUUUACUCUACGCUAAUCUGCGGUAAUAGCAAUAGCUCUCGUGAUGCUUAGUGAUUUGUUCACUUUAAGAAAAGAUUCCUAAAUUGGUCAUCCUCGCGUUAAUACUAGAAGACUCGCAAUAAAAGAGAAUCUGUUCCUUUCCUUUGAAUUGUAUCGUGGUUCAGUGAUUCUCGUUCUGGUAUCAGGACUGUUAUUAAUUACAGCCGUUUCUCGAGAUGAAUCUACUUAGAUCGUGUUCCUUAUUAUAACACAAUAACGAUAGGCGUGCGAUUUAACACACGUUUACGCGCUUUCUUUCUUUUAAGCUCAAAGGAAUCUGCCUAGCAUGUUCUUAAUUAAAAACAGCUUACAGCCUAACUCUUAAUCCGUCAAACUUCUGUCUCGCGUUAUAAAGGCUUAAUUGUCUCGUAAUAUUAAUUUAACCACGUGUUAAAACGGAGUAUUCUCCCUUUUUGUUAUUUUCUCCUGUAUAUAUCAUCAUUGCGCGAUCUAUACUACGUCCCGAAAUCGAAAAGCAAGAACCGACCGAUAUUACUGAUUUUCUUCAUUGUUCAUUAUCGUUUCAGAUGUCGGUGGUGCCAUUGAUAUUCCGUGACUGGUGGGACGAUUUAGAUCGACCCAUGUCCAGAUUGAUGGACCAACACUUUGGCAGAGGAUUAAAUCGAGACGAACUUCUAUCACGGUUCUCCGAUCUCAACCUCGACAGACCUCUACGUUCGAUCUUUCGCGAUAGGUACUACCGUCCCUGGAGGAACGUGACGCCUCAGCCCUCGAGUGGAUCGAGCACGAUCCAGAUCGACGACAAGGACAACUUCCAGGUAAUAUUGGACGUUCAACAAUUCUCACCGGAGGAGAUCACGGUGAAGACGGUCGGUAACAACGUUAUUGUCGAAGCCAAACACGAGGAGAGACAAGACGAGCACGGAUUUAUCAGCAGACACUUCGUACGGAGAUACGUCUUGCCUCCAUCUCACGAUGUGAUCAAUAUUACCUCGAGCCUUUCUUCGGAUGGUGUUUUAACUAUCACGGCACCCAAAAAGGGAGAGACACCUAGCGGAACUGAACGAAUCAUUGAAAUCACGAAAACAGGAGAACCGGCGAGUAAACCGGUCAAAAUAGAAACGACUACGGAAGAAAAAUAAUAAUCGCGACCGAAGUAUUUUGACAUAAUCUUUUUUUUUACAUUUACGUAUUAUAUGGAGUUCUUAUAAAAUAAUUCGAUAGAAUUUUAUAUACUAUUAUAAAUCGGAAAAAAUUAUAUAAAAACAUACAUUUAUAUACAUAAACUGUUAAAACCCUUGGGUUAAAUCUGUUAUAAAAUGUUAUAUUUGCUAUAGAAAAUUUUCAUCAAGAAUAAUUCAUCAAAGUGUAGCAUAUAUUUCUUAAAUAAUUGCUAAUAUCAAAUUAGCUUCAACGUUAUUGCUUUUGCUUUAUCUUCUACAUACCUAAUAAAUUCAAUACUCAAUAAUUUAUUUAAAGUCAAAGCGUAAAUUGUCAUAGCAAUAUAUUUCAAUGUAUCUACUGUGAAACAAAAGUAAUAUCGCAGAAGCGAAAGCUUUCAAUAAACCCAAACCACAAAACUACAA